AGCUCAGAACAACACAACCCCAGACUUCAGAACUAAAUGCCAGAGCCAGUCGAUCCAUCGCAAUUCAUAUCCUUACUGCAAAAAUCCAGCGAAGCCUUGGAGGAUGAUACCUGCAGAUUUUCGAUUUACUCAGCGGGGAACCAAGGGCCGACUAUCCAAGCCGAACUAGAAACCUACUGGGGAACCAAACACUUCAAGUAUUCCUCAACCAAGACCGAAUUCAUCUGGCAUAGUGGACAUCCACCCGACCUGAAACCCAUCGGCCCAUCACUACUCGAGGGCACCUUACAUUACGGGAUCUCCCUGCAAGAUGAAUGGUUCCUGGUUUGGUGCUUGUUCGAGAUCAGCAAAACUUUCGAUUGUCAGAUUCAAGUUCAUGACAACGAUGGUGAGUUUCUCUUGAUCGAAGCCGCCGAUCAUCUCCCCAAAUGGCUCACCCCUGAUCUGGCGAAAGGCCGAGUUUGGAUUCAAGAAGGAGCCCUGCAUCUGAUCCCUUUGGAAGCUACUCCAUCUACCCAAGCUGAUCUGUCAACACAGUCAGCGUUGCAAAUUCUUCAGGCCAAAUCUCAUCCCACUGUGGCUUCAACAUCAAUUAAUUCUAUUAUUCUCGAGCGCAUUCAGAGCGCAUCACCUCAAGUGCUCACUGAGAGCCAUCUUUUCAACACAGAGGCCUACCUCCAUAUCAGCAUAGCCAAAGCUCUUCAAGUUGAACCAAAUCUCAUCGGUUUGGCUGUCAAAGCAUUCUGUGAGAAAGACGCGGAUAGUUUUAAAGCAUGUCGAGAAAUGGCUCGAUUCCCGCCUCAGACUCCCUACAGCCCUCGAACCGAUAAUCAAGAGGCAGGGAAAUCUUCAGCGACUAGCUGGCCUUAUUGUCUGAUCCGAAUGACUCGGCCGUUAUAUGCGAUCUUAUUGAACCAUGAAAUGACCUUUCACCCGCCCAAGCCAUUCGAAAAAGUGGGCUGGAUGGAUGUGGAUAGAGAAAAGAGCGUUGAGUGGAAGAGAAGAUUAGUCGGAAUGAAAAUCGCAUGCGGGUUCGAGAUGAUGUUAUCGACCGUUGAUUCCAGUCGAACGACUUGCGAUCCCAUGUUCAACGGCCGUUCUCGUCGAUACCAAAGCUAUCUCAGCAAACUUCAGAAGGCCGGCUAUUUCCAAGGCGAGGUCGAGGGUAGCACGAAAUGGGUUGAACUUGAAUCGAUUGCCAAGAAGGCUUACUCAGACAGCCUCAAACCGAAUGAUAUCAUCACUCGAUUCGAUUCUGCCGUCAGUCAAUCUCAGCUAUCCGAUGAUCAGAACAAUUCAAGGGACUGCAAAGGAGAAUCUGACGAGUGGCUAGACCUGGAUGAAGAACAACUCAAAGCUUUACUGAAGGAAGAAGGCGAUCCUCAAUCACAGCCGCUUAAUUCGACGUCUCUAGAAACACAGGAACAACAGAAUGAUACUGAGAUGAAGAAGAUGACAUCCUUUGCGAGUCAAAUGGAGAAGUUCAUGGACGGACAAGGAAGCUUGGAGGGUGCUGUACAUUCUGAUGAUGAGAUGACUGAUGAUUCAGAGGACAGUAGUGCGGAAGAUUCUGAGCAAGAAGAACUGCGUGCAGACAUCUUUCCUAGCCGAAGCAAGAGUACUACUAAGAAAACUUACAAAGGUCCCAUCCGAAGGUCUGAUGGUGAAUAUGACCAAGAAACGAAGAAAAGGCUGGCCGCUCUUGUGCCUGGUCUUACUGAGUCCGAAUGGGGCCAAUCAUCCCAAAGGCCCGCCGAGUCAUCCGCCGAUCAUCCGCCGCCCUUGGUUGACGAGCCUCAACCGACUAUUGUCUCAGACACAACCAAUGUGUCCACCAAAAAUAAGAAAUCGUUGCCCAAGCUUGCCAAACAAUCCUACGAUGGGGUGUGCGAGGAUUCCUCAGAGGAAGACUCAAAUAGCGACGAUUCAAACACCCCCAGUGGGGUCGAAAAACAAGCUAAUGCUGAGGUCGUAGAUGACAUCGACAUGGAUGAAGAACGUGAUGACUUCCUCAAAUUCGCCCAGGAAGCGCUCGGCUUGUCAAGUGCACAAUACGAAGCCAUCUUGGACAGUCGUAGGGAAAGAGGCGCAUAUGUGCCCCCCAGCUCAAAAGUCUCCCAGAAUGACACCGAUAAAAAAGAAAGCACCAAGACGACUUUCGCAACAGAUAUUUCAAUGGACUCGGACGACCUCAAGGGACGAUCGUCAGUAUCAAAAGGAAAGCAACCCCAACGUUCAGUUCAUUUUGAAGCCGACAAAUCAGAAGAAAAAGAAGAGCAAGAAACGAUGAGUUCAUCGGAUGACGAAGGCGACAUAACCGAAGAUAGAAAGGCGAAUGUGGAUCUGGAUACGUUUGAUAAGCUGAUGAACAGGAUGGACGAGGAGCUACAAAAGAAGGGUGGGAAGCAGAGGGGGCAGAAGAAGCAGAAGAAGGGCGGUCCGAUUCCGGCGGAUCCAGCAGGUCCGGACCUGGGGGGAGGCGGCGGCGGCCUGGAAAGGGAGAUGGAAGAUCUCUCGGAAUCCGAGUCGGAUGUCGAGAUGGACGACAUCGACAAGGCUAUCCAUAGCGAAUUGGCAGACUUGAUGAAUCAAUCCGGCGUCCCCUUGGACGGCCUUUCCCACAAUCAACCCGAUUAUUCCGUCAUCUCUAACUUCCUCGAAAGCUUUAAAUCUCAGGUUGGGUUGCCCGGUCCUGUCGGUAACUUGGCCGGUCGAAUCGGAUUCGAAUUCCUUCCGCCCACAAAAGAUCAAAAACCUUCUUGACUCUCCUUCUCAAGUGAUUCUAUCCUACCCUUUGUUUCAACUAUCUAAUGAAUGCAUCUUUUUUUUGGGGGGGGGGGGCGUUCCCUCAUCAUUCCCCAAACUUGUUCACAAAUGUGUAAAGAGAAAAAGAAAUCCUGUUGACUGUGCAACAUAUACUUCAAUGCUAAUAAAAAUAAGGGA